AUGGCUCCCAAACACCAGUCUUCACUUCCACCUCAAGCAAAGAAACCAAAGAAAAUGAGACUGACUCCCGCCUCCAGAGCAGAGGAAAUAUCUGCUUCUCCAAACUUGCCAAAGGAAGAAAAAGAACAGCAAGAAGAAAUUGAACAUAUUGAUGAAGUACAAAAUGAAAUAGACAGACGUAAUGAACAAGCCAGCGAGAAGAUUUUGAAAGCAGAGCAGAAAAAUAACAAACUCCGCCAACAAUUUUUUCAGAAGAGGUCAGAAUUGACUGCCAAAAUCCGAAAUUUUGGUAUAACAACAUUUGUCAACAAUCCACAAUUGUCUGUACUGUUUGUGCAGGAGGGUGACGAGACGCUGCUUUAUUUGAUAACAGUUGAAGUAACAGAAUUUGAAAAUAUUAAAUCAGGUUAUAGAAUAGAUUUUUGUUUUAAUGAACCUUACUUUGAAAAUAAAGUUCUCUCCAAAGAAUUUCAUCUGAGUGAGAGUGGUGAUUCAUCUUCAAAGUGCACUGAAAUCAAAAAAUGGAAAUCCAGAAAGGAUCUGGUUAAAAGUUCAAGCCAAACGCAGAAUAAAGCCAGCAGGAAGACACAACAUGAGGAACCAGAGAGCUUCUUCACCUGGUUUCCUGAUCAUUCUGAUGCAGCUGCAGAUGAGUUAAGAGAGGUCAUCAAAGAUGAUAUUUGGCCAAAUCCAUUACAGUACUACUUGGUUCCUGACGUGGAUGAUGAGGAAUGGGAAGAAGAAGAUGAUGAUGAUGUUAAAGAAGAAGAAGGAUUGGAAGAUAUUGAUGAAGAAAGGGAUGAGGAUAAAGAUGAAGAAGAUGAAGAUUGUGAGGAGGAGGAGAAAGGAGAGGAAGAUGAAGGAGAAGAUGACUAA